UCAAUAAAAUACCUACCUAGGUACGGAAUGGCAAAUACCUCAAACAACGUUAAGUCUGGAGUCUGUACGAUAUAUCUCAUACUUGAGAAAUAAUUGAUUGACCUCUCCUCUCUCUCUAUGCAUAUGUUUGUUACAUCACAUCUGAGUUGAUUGCUAUCAUUUUCCUUAUCAGCUGAAAUGACGCUUGGGGUGACUACUAGGUACCUAAAAUUCGAGUAAUGCUCAAGGAAUACAUUUGCAUCGCCAAUUCAAACGCAAAUUUUCUUCAACUUCGCUGCCACAUACCGUUAUUGUUGUUGUUUUCUAUUAGAAUAACAGACGAGAGAUGAUAUCCAGAUCUAUCUUGCGAGGUUUAUCGCUUCACAACGCGAUCGCACAUCCUCCUAAUACUACCCCUCUCCUGCAGCCGUUGUCUGUCACCCAAUAUAAGUUACCAAGAUGGUCACAUCUAUCUAUCAAUCCAUCCCAUUCACGAAGCUACCAAAACCGCAGGCAGAGAUACUACAGAUUUGAUCCUAAUGAAGCUCGAAAUGCACGCCCUCUCUUGACCGAGCAACAUAUCAGAAACUUCACCAAACAUCCUGCUUUACACUCAUUCAUAGCCCUAAUAGCGGGUGGUGGUAUAUUGGUUUAUGCCAGCAAUAUCGAGGAUGUGCCGGUUUCAGGAAGGAGGCGGUUCAAUAUAUACAGUCAUCAGGACAUGGAAGCAGAAGGGCAGAUGGCGUAUGAACAGAUAUUGCGGCAGUACCAUAACCAUUUUCUUCCCGACUGGGAUAAGAGGACCCAGAUGGUACAGAGAGUUAUGAGUCGACUAAUACCUGCGAGUGGCAUCGACAACGUAAACUGGGAAGUAAAUGUGAUAGAGUCGCAAGAAAUGAAUGCCUUUGUUAUACCUGGAGGCAAAGUAUUUGUCUUUACAGGAUUAUUGCCGAUUGCUAAAACAGAUGACGGCCUUGCUACAAUUCUUGGUCAUGAAAUUGCGCAUAAUAUCGCAAAUCAUUUGGGAGAAACAAUGAGUAAAACCGCGGUAUUUUAUAUGCCCUUGCGUAUAUUGUUUCGAUUCUUGGACGCUACAGGAUAUACUGGAGGUCUAGGUGAAAUAUUGGGGGCUCUCGCACUUGAAUUUGGCAUGAAUUUACCGGCAUCAAGAAACCAGGAAACUGAAGCUGAUCAUAUUGGACUGAUGAUCAUGGCAAAGAGCUGUUAUGAUCCUCACGCAGCAGUAGGCGUGUGGGAGAGGAUGCAGGCCGCAGAGAAGAAUGCUCCGCCUGAGUGGUUUUCAACUCAUCCAUCGAAUAGCAAUCGAAUAACACAAAUGCAAGAAUGGAUGUCCAAAGCGGAGGCCGCGAGAGAUGAGAGUGGAUGUGCGCCCACUACGAAUCAUUUCAACAGCUUUCGAAAUUCAUAUGGCGAGCUUUGGUCAUAAGUAUGAUCGUUUUGUGUGCACCUGUAUGAGUACUUACAAAAAAGGGAGUUCUUUGAAAGUAAUGGGAUAGGUCGGAAAGCGCGAGGCGUUAAGCUACCAGUCUAUGAAUAGCUUGGGCAUGAAACAGGAUCUACUCUACUCCAAUUAUUAAUAGGUUCAUGCUAGUAAGUCUAUUUUUCUACUGUACUUCACACCGCAACAGAGAACUGGUGAACAAAACUACGGAGUUAUAUCGGACACCUGUUGUAAUUCAUCAAUACAGAUAACGCCCUACUGAGAGCACCAUUCACAUUUUGACUUGCUUUUGGUCAUUUCGCUCUAUGCUUCAUUAUUCUGGUUUAAUCAGCUAGUGUUCCCAACCAUGGAGUCUCUGAAUGAGACGCUCUGAUUUCACAUUCAAAAGUGGCAUAACUAGUAUUGAGUCAGAUAACAGAACAUGCUACUUCUUUCUCCGCCGAGCUAGUGCCACGGAGUGACUGAAAUGCAUGCCUCGUAUAGUAUCUCUAGCGGGACACCGAACAU